AUGAAUCAUUGUGAGGCUGCACACGACUUGCUUAUGCAGACGGUAAGAGAUAUGAAAAUUGAUGUUGCCCUCUUAUCAGAACCUUACAAACAUCUAUCUGAUUGGCCAUGGGAAACGGACAGUACAACCAAAGCCGUUAUUUGGUCCUGUGGCAAAUUUUGUUUCCAAAAUGUUGUUAACAAUAGCAACGCUGGAUUUGUCGCAGCAUCAUUAGAUAGCAUACAUUUAUACAGCUGUUACGCUCCACCUAGUCUUUCUUUGCCAGAUUUUGUCGAUUUUUUAGAUCGUCUUGUGGAGGAUGCAAAACGACACCACCCCGUAGCGAUAGCCGGUGACUUUAACGCAUGGGCGGUAGACUGGGCAAGUAGGAAGACUAAUGCAAGAGGUAAAGCACUUUUGGAGGCCUUCAAUGCACUUGACGUGGUUUUACUUAAUAGUGGUGAUAAACCAACCUUUGAAAAGGGCAGUGCAAGCUCAAUAAUAGACCUUACUUUUGUUAGCAAUAGCCUCGUCAGAGGAAUUUGCAAUUGGGAGGUAUUAGAUAUCUACACUGCUAGUGACCACAAUGCAAUCAUCUGGGAAAUAUCAACAAAUAGAAACAUUAGUAGACAUGCGAAAAUAUCUAAAGCCAUUGGACAAUCUGUGCACUGGUGGACUGAAGAAAUCAGCUCUCUUCGUAAAGAGUGCCUAAAGAAAAGAAGGAUCUCUCAGCGUGGAUAUAGUCUCAGUAAUUCUGCACAACUGGUAGUGGAAUAUAAACAAGCACGUAGACAACUAAAUAAAGCUAUCAAAGAUAGUAAAGUUAGGUGCUGGAAAGAACUUUUGGAUGAAGUCGAGGAAAAUCCAUGGGGAAGACCUUAUAAGACUGUAAUGUCUCGCCUCAAAAGCCAGCCAAUACCUUCACCAACUUGCCCACGACUAUUGAAUAAAAUAGUAACUACUUUGUUUCCACGACAACCUAAUUUGAACUACCAGGUAACACAUGUAGAACAGAAUAAUAUUCCACUUAUAACACUGCAAGAACUGAUGGAAGCUUGUCAUCGCGUUGAUUACUUGCUGAGCGCUACGCCAACAAGCAAUUAUUACAAAGUUCUGGAAUAUGCUCCAACCAUAGAACCCCCAAGAACACCAGAAGCCAGACCUUCACCAAUCUUUAUGCAGAAAGUGGAGGACAUCAAACGACUUACAAAUUUAUUAGAGAAUGAAGCCAAAAAUGCUUACAAACUAAAAUUAAUAAACAGUUCUCAAGCAAAUAUUGGUAGACUCUGGACUCUGAGACUCAUCGAGAACUUGGCGAGAUUGGCGCAGAAGAUAUUUGAUGUGCUCGAAAUGUUCCCGGAUUGUGGCUGA